AUGGAUGAUAUGCCCACAAUGUAUAUUGAUAGCAGAGAACAACUCCUCACAACGACUCUUAUUUACAUGAUGAAUGGGGAUAUCUUCAGAAAGGGAAGUGACACCAGGAGAAGACGGGAAAUGGCACCAUGGGAAGAAGAUGAGGUAGAGCUUGCUUUGGUGAAAACGUCUUGGACACCACUGAAUCCCGGAAGGAGGUUUUAUGAUUUCCCUACUAAGGAUUUUGUUUGUGGGUUUAUCAGGUGGGUUGACCCGCCUAUGUGUGCUAGGAGUAAAACCAUCAUACCUGGUCUUCUAAGAAACAUAAAUACGUUAGAGGAAAGAUGUAAUAGGCUGGUAAGAAGUAUCAACAUGUUACAAGAACAGUGCAAAGGACUUUUGAGCGGGAACAACAUGUUGGAGGCAAGGUGUGAUGCAUUGAAGGAUGAAGGUCCUGGAGUUGUGUCCCUUAUUCUUGCAUUUGCUACAAGUAACACUGAUAUGUUUCCUUGA